AGGUUUAACUAUACCAUGUUGUACUUUCCUAACACUUUCUUAUCAUUUUUUUAUUCCUCAUGCCCUCGUCUGCUAACGUGUUUGCACCACUUUGCACUUGCCUAUAUAUAUGUGUAUGAUCUCCCUAUCCAUUCAGAUAUUAUAGCAUCGAAAAGAAACUUGAGAGAAAGAAAACGGCUAAGAAACUUGGGCACACACAAAGCACACUACUCUUUGAAAAUGAAUUCGCCCCACGAAAAGGUGGUGCAAGCUAUCCUUUAUGGACAUAGCUGUGCCAAGCGUUUGAAGCUCUGGCUAGAGGAUCCAAUGGCUGAUGACAGAUCGGUUUCAAGCUAUGAUCUUGCUAAAUCCAUCGUCCAUUGUUUUUCCAACGCCAUCUCAAUCUUAUCUGAUCAACCAAAAUCGGAGGAUGACCAGGUUUCUGAUUUAUCUUCAAUGGAUUCUUCUCCUCCUCUUCCCCACUCCAAAAGAAGAAAGAUUAAUAGUACAAAUUCAACUAAGAACUGGAGGGACGAUUCACCGGAUCCCUACAACGACGGGUUUCUUUGGAGGAAAUACGGGCAAAAGUCUAUAAAAAACUCUAAAUACGAAAGGAGCUACUAUAGAUGUUCUUACCACAUAGAUCAUGACUGUGGAGCAAGAAAGCAUGAACAGCAGAUCAAAGAAAACCCUCCGGUGUACCGAACCACUUACUUUGGCCACCACACUUGCAAGAUUAACCAUAAUCAUGAUGCUGUUUUCACUGCGGUUCAAGAUCAGGUACAUGAUGCGGGAAGUUCCCGGAUUAUACGAUUCGGGAAAGAACUUGAUCAGGAGAAGGGAAGUCACUCUACCGGUUUUUCUUUAUCGGUUAAGCAUGAAGAAUCUAUCAUCAAAGAGGAAACCUGCACGGACCAGUACCGUGAGAUAACCGGUGACGAUAAAGAUUGUCAACAUGUGAUGGAAGAGAAUCAGUCGUCAUCACUAUCAAGUUCUUAUACUCCUCCGUUGUCAUCUGUCAGUGAAACUGACAUGUUUGAUUCAGAUCUGCUAUUGAACAACUUGGACUCGUGGGAUCGUUAUGGUUUGUUUGACUUUGGAGUUCACUAAAAAAAUUUCAGCGAAAGGAUCUCCUUUACGAGAAAUAAUGAAAACUACGCGUAUGUAUGUUAUUGAAUAGUUUCUAUCAUUUUAUCGAGCAUGAGUAGAAUAUUUGAAGUGGGUUGUUGUAACAAAAUCAUUUGCUAGAGACAAUGUGUAAUACAUAUAUCCACCAAACCAGGAAAUAAAAAUAAAACAAAGUUUAGCCAACUUUGGGGUGUAAUAUCGCCAAGUCAACGUUAGUUUUUGGCUGACUUGCUCGAUGAAAAGUAGUGCUGGGUUCGCGGGUCAACCCGCCCCGACCCGCCCCGCCCCGCCGCGGGUCGAAUCAUUUUUUCGAUUCAAAAACUCGACCCGCAUAACCCGCAAACAAAAACUUUCAUAUCCGCACCCGCCCCGCCAAAACCCGCGGGUAACCCGCCAAACCCGCGGGUAAUAUUAAUUAUAUUAAAAAUAGUUAUUUUAAUUAAAAAUAAUUAUUUUUUAUUUAUAUAAUAGUUAUUUUUAAAAAAUACUAUUAAAAAAAUAUAUUUAUAAUUAAAAUUAUACAAAUAUUUAUUGUUUUUUAUAUAUUUUACGAAAAAAUGUUUUUUUUUCAAAAAUGUUUUUUUUUUUUUUUAAUUUGCGGGUUGGCGGUAGGGCUGGGUUCGCGGGUCAACCCGCCCCGCAUGACCCGCCAACCCGCGGAUCGACUCUAUUUUUUAAACUCAAAAUUCCGACCCGCAUAACCCGCGAAAGAAAAAUCGUAAACCCGCACCCGCCCCGCUAAGAUUGCGGGUAACCCGCGGGGCCCGCAUAUAAUAUUAAAUUUAAUAAAUAAUUAUUUUUUUUAUCAAUUAAUUACUUUUUAUAAUAAAAAUUAUACAUUUAUAAUUUAAAUUAUAUAAUUUUCAUUAAUUUAUAUAUUUUUUACAUAUUUUUAUUUUUAUUUUUAUUUAUUUUAAA